GGCUGGAGGCAAACAGCGGGCUCCCCCAGAGCGGCCCCGGAGCAGGGAGGGCUCGGCCACCCCAGCCCCCGCCCCCUCUCGGGCACCGGGUAUGUCCGACAUGCUGAGGAUACAGAGCUGAAUCGGAGAUGCACUGGCAGUGGGGUACACGGACAGAUGGACUCCUCCUGGGCAGAUCCUGAAUGUUCCUGGAAUGGCCAGAGUCUGGGUCCUUUUGGGAUUCUGAGAAGCAGGUGCCUCAGAAUCACUCCAGGCUUGGAGUCACUGAGCCCCAGGAAGGCUAUUACCUGAACAAGACAUCCGUCCAUCGCCGUUUGUAUGAGUGAUGAUGAGAUUCUUUCCAUGGGGAGAGUUGCAGAGCCUCGCAGGGAGAGAAAUUGGUCCUAUAGAAAGAGCCUCUGGACAACGAAGUUCUGUUGUUGUGGGUCCCCCAGUUCACGAGUACGUGGUUACCAUAGAAAACCAACACAGCGGGGAACAGGAUCCCACAGCGCACGGUUGCCCCACAUCCGAGGGUACUUCCCACAAAGUACAUGGGAAGAUGCGAGUAAAGGAGUAAAAGGCUGUCCUGAGGAUGGAUUGAGAAGAUGUGUGUUUCCGGUUUAUUUAUUUCAAAGUAAGAGUUACAAAGAGAUGCAGAGAGAGAAAAAGAGAGAUCUUCCAUCCACUGGUUCACUCCCCCAUUGGCCGCAGUGGCCAGAGCCAAUCCAAAGCCAGGAGCCAGGAGCUUCUUCUGGGUCUCUCACAUGGGUGCAGGGUUCCAAGGAGUUGGGCCAUCAUCUGCUGCUUUCCCAGGCCAUAGUAGAGAGCUGCAUUGGAAGUGGAGCAUCUGGGACCCGAACUGGCGCCCUUAUGGGAUGUUGGCAUUGCAGGAACAUUUUAGUGGAUAAACCAAAUGACCAAUCUUCAAGAUGGUCUUCAGAGAGUAACUAUCCUCCCCAGUAUUUGAUUCUGAAGCUUGAAAGGCCUGCUAUAGUUCAGAACAUCACAUUUGGAAAAUAUGAGAAAACUCACGUCUGCAACUUGAAGAAAUUCAAAGUCUUUGGUGGAAUGAAUGAAGAAAAUAUGACAGAGCUGUUGUCUAGUGGCUUAAAGAAUGAUUAUAACAAAGAAACAUUCACCUUGAAGCAUAAAAUUGAUGAACAGAUGUUCCCUUGUCGAUUCAUAAAAAUAGUUCCGCUCUUAUCCUGGGGACCCAGCUUUAACUUUAGCAUCUGGUAUGUUGAACUUAGUGGCAUUGAUGAUCCUGAUGUAGUACAACCCUGUCUCAACUGGUAUAGCAAGUACCGUGAACAGGAAGCCAUUCGCCUUUGUCUAAAGCACUUCAGGCAACACAACUAUACGGAAGCUUUUGAAUCACUGCAAAAGAAAACCAAGAUUGCACUGGAACAUCCCAUGUUAACAGAUCUGCAUGACAAACUGGUGUUGAAGGGUGACUUUGAUGCUUGCGAAGAGUUGAUCGAAAAAGCUGUGAAUGAUGGCUUGUUCAAUCAGUAUAUCAGUCAACAAGAGUAUAAGCCACGAUGGAGUCAGAUCAUUCCCAAAAGCACCAAAGGUGAUGGAGAAGAUAACCGACCAGGAAUGAGAGGGGGCCAUCAGAUGGUUAUUGAUGUUCAAACAGAGACUGUUUAUUUGUUUGGUGGCUGGGAUGGCACACAAGAUCUGGCCGACUUCUGGGCAUACAGUGUGAAGGAGAACCAGUGGACGUGUAUCUCCAGGGACACUGAGAAAGAGAAUGGUCCAAGCGCCAGGUCAUGUCAUAAAAUGUGCAUUGACACCCAGCGGAGGCAGAUCUACACACUGGGCCGUUACUUGGAUUCCUCUGUGAGGAACAGCAAAUCUCUGAAAAGUGACUUCUAUCGCUACGACAUUGAUACAAACACAUGGACGCUACUAAGUGAAGACACUGCAGCUGAUGGCGGGCCCAAGUUGGUGUUCGAUCAUCAGAUGUGUAUGGACUCAGAAAAACAUAUGAUCUACACCUUUGGUGGCAGAAUUUUGACAUGUAAUGGCAGCGUUGAUGACAGCAGAGCCAGUGAACCACAAUUCAGUGGGUUGUUUGCUUUCAACUGUCAAUGUCAAACCUGGAAACUUCUUCGAGAAGACUCCUGUAAUGCUGGACCUGAAGACAUCCAGUCUCGGAUAGGACACUGCAUGCUGUUCCACUCAAAAAAUCGUUGCUUAUAUGUAUUUGGUGGUCAGCGAUCAAAGACUUAUUUGAAUGAUUUUUUUAGCUAUGAUGUGGACUCUGAUCAUGUAGACAUAAUAUCCGAUGGCACCAAGAAAGACUCUGGGAUGGUUCCAAUGACAGGAUUCACACAGAGAGCAACCAUUGAUCCAGAACUGAAUGAAAUACAUGUCUUAUCUGGACUCAGCAAAGACAAGGAAAAGAGGGAAGAGAAUGUCAGAAAUUCAUUCUGGAUUUAUGACAUUGUGAGAAAUAGUUGGUCUUGUGUCUAUAAGAAUGAUCAAGCUGCAAAGGAAAAUCCAAGUAAAAGUCUUCAGGAGGAAGAACCAUGUCCAAGAUUUGCCCAUCAGCUUGUAUAUGAUGAGUUACACAAGGUUCAUUAUUUAUUUGGUGGGAAUCCAGGAAAAUCUUGCUCUCCAAAGAUGAGAUUAGAUGACUUCUGGUCGCUGAAGUUGUGUAGGCCUUCAAAAGAUUACUUACUGAGACAUUGCAAGUACCUCAUAAGAAAACACAGAUUUGAAGAAAAGGCUCAAAUGGAUCCCUUGAGUGCACUGAAAUAUUUACAGAACGAUCUUUAUAUAACUGUGGAUCAUUCAGACCCUGAAGAGACGAAAGAGUUUCAGCUCUUAGCUUCAGCUCUGUUCAAGUCUGGAUCAGAUUUUACAGCUCUAGGCUUUUCCGACGUGGAUCACACCUAUGCUCAACGAACUCAGCUCUUUGACACCUUAGUAAAUUUCUUUCCUGACAGUAUGACUCCACCCAAAGGCAACUUGGUAGACCUCAUCACGCUGUAACCGAAGGGCUGCUCGAUGGGGACGCGCAGAACGGAGCCUGCUUCGUCUUGGACUGCGACUCUGGGCCGCCACUGCGCUGUGAUGGAGGCCUGCACCAGAGUCUGCAAGGGAUCUGUACCGUCACGAGUUUUAAUCCUCUUCUCUCACGCCUGACCGCAACCCCCUUCUCCUCAUCCUAUCCCAAACUAGGCUAAUAAAGUGAAAUUGGUAUACUUUCCAUUUAAAUAUAUACAUAUAUUUUUUCUUACUUUAACUUUUAAGAAUUAAUGAAUAUAAGAGAAAAAAUAGGCAGUUCACCCUUCUCCGAGUUUUAUUUCUCUUUCUUUUUUUGAACUGGGGAGCUGAGCACUGUUAACAUUCAGUGCUGUAAGAACUUUGGACUUUGCUGGAUUUUUUUGGCUAGCUUCCUUCUUUUUCUUCCCUUCCGAUUUCACUUUUAUCUCACAUCACACAACUGCUUGUGAGUGGUGUCGCUUGUUUACCUCGUUCUCAACAGAUACGUAGUACUGUACGACAGUGGCUGUAUGUGAAGGUGAUGUUGUGUCAGUGUUGUAGCACAGUAAAGAAUAGGCAGAACCGAGAGCUCAAGUUUGCACUCUGCCGUAGAACAAAGAAGCGAAAUCCAAGACUGACCUGGACACCCAUCUGAGAUUGGUGUAUAAUAUUUCUACAAUGAAACAUUUUAUAGUGGAUACUAUAGUGUCAUCUGGCUUUUAGUCACAGAACUUUAAACUGAGGAGACCUUAGUGUGGACCCUUUAAGAGCCAUUCCAGAAAUGACAAGCAGGAGGGAUCUAGGGUGACUAAGGUGUCCUUCAUCUCUUUGUAGCCAUUUUGGAAGACAGUGGCUCUAGGGCACAGGUUGGUUUGUGCUGUGUCUUUGUAGCAUUUUCAUUUGGGAAGCCCAUUUCUAGAGCCACCCUUUUCUUUUUUCCCCAUACACAUUGACUCUACAUCUGCUUCUGUAUACUGAUAUUUUGAAGAAUAAUGGUUUGUGGUUGUCCACUGGUGUGCACCUAGCAGCAGUUCUUAAGCACAUAGACUGGGCUUUUUUAAAUGGAGAAAAAGAAUAUUUUUUCAUUAAACAGAAAGGCAUGACAGAUGGUCUUUGCCACAAUUCCAGUUGUUUGCAGGGGAGAGAGGCACAUAUCUUUCAGCAAGGUGCUAUGGAAUGCAGUGUGGGAAAGCUGCAUCUGGUUAGUGUUCACAUUUGCUCAGCAAGAGUUCUGUGUGCGCCCGACAGCCACCACGCUGGAAGCAGACUCAGUAUAGUACGUGUCCAUCAGUCAGCUCUGAAGACUGAAUGACUCAUGGAGCUGAGUGUGUGCCUGUGUGGCAAGGUUAGGCGUCACGAGAGAGAAGAGAGUGACCUGCACUUUGAAGAAGUGUCAUGUGUAGGAAUCAGACUUUGAGAUCCAUCUUCCCUCUGUCUUUAUGGACACAAGUAUUUUUGCUGGUUCUGUCUUGAGCCAUCAGUGGCUUUCGAGUUAUCCCAAAGCAAUCACUAGUGAUUUCUUACACAAGUUAUUCCCUACCUUAUCUUGUGAAAUGUAUUCUGUAUAAUUCAGCAGGUUCCAAAUUGUGUAGAUGUGGAAUGACCAAUCGAUUAUAGUUAAAUAAAUACAGUUUACUUGCACUUGUACAGUUCCAUAAAAUGAUUCCCCUGAGUAACAGUCCAGGACAAAAAAUAUUAGUGUAACUAAUAUGGUAGCCUGUUGAAUCUCAUUUUGUGAAGACAGGUGCAAGUCAGAGGUUGACAGGGAUGAACUUAAUACCGCUGUCUAGAUUUAGAAGCUCUGGUUUUGCUUACUGUGAACCCCGGUACUUUAAAACAUUAACCAAAUGAAGCUGGCUGCCCUCGCCUUUUGUCUAUAGUGCUUUCUUUAUAACUUUUUUGGUCAGUUCCUUACACUCAUAUUAUUUGGAGGGAACUCAAUUCUUGACCUCAGUGAUUUUGCUUUUGUUUUCCCCUAAUCAUGUCUCUACUGGCUUUUGUUUUAAAAAUCUGCUUUACAUAAAUAUGUGCUUGUUUCAGUUUCAUCUUUCCUCAUUUUGCGUAGAUGGAAAUUUCCCCCUUCGUUUUUUGGAAUUUUUGGCACUACUGUGUUGAAAUGGAGUUGAAUCAUGGUGGCCCAUUUCCGAAGUGAGGCGGCAGCUCACUAGAUAAGUCGGCUUCGUCGGGCAUCACUGGAAUGUUUGCCGGGAAUGCAGGGCUCACAUACCCGUGAGCAAGACUGCAAAGCUGCUCACGUUAUUUUCACCUUAGAACCCUGGUCUCAAUCAUGGAGUUAGUGAGGAACUGUGUGUAUUUCCAAGAAUUCCAGUAGUGUACUGUAAUUUAAGUUUAUAAUUUGUAUUUGGAUAGAUAAGUUUUGUUUAGGUAACUACAUAUAUGCUUUACUUUCUUUGAUUUUUAACUUAGUCCCGAAUCGAAAUACUGGCUGAUGCUUAGACACGUAAUUAUCAGGACAUGGUUUGCUUAAUUUUGUCCUUAGCUUCAACUUCUCUCCGAUUUCUUUUUCCCAGUGGAAUAUAUUAUUUUCAGCAAGAAAUAAAGUAGUUCUCAUAUCAUUUGCAGUGCCUGUGCUUCUUGAGAAAUGAUCUGAUUUGCAAGACACUUCUCAAAUGCAUUUGCAAGGUAUCUUGUGAAAUGACAGGAACCUCACAUGGCCGGCUUGGUAAUUCAAAGUACAUCAUUCUCUGCAGUAGAGGGAUUGAGAGUCGAGUGCCUUCCUGUGUGCGAAAGCCGACAGACAGUGUUAACCUCUGUCAAGGUCAUGUUUUUAGACUAAACUCUAAAACGGACCUGUCUGUGUCUAGUAAGUAAAAGCUGUUAGAAAAUUAAGUCCCUCGGUCUUUUCCAGUUGAGAGCACGAUGUCUGGUUGAAGUGUGUAAAACUACAUGCUCAAGUGAAAUAAUACUGUGUGUACCACCUUAUCAGAAAAGUGGAUCUCCACAGCUGCCUUCCAAGUGCUGUGUGGAGAUCCAUUAACAGUUCCACUUAAUGAAGUGCUGCUUUAGAAUCUAACUUACAGUGAAAACUAGCUUGAGGCACUGAAUCAUUUAGUGAGAGGUUGAGAAUAAUCAAAAAGCACUUAGCAAGAAGUAUGUUCCUCAUUUUAUUCUCUGGAUUAUAUUAAAUGUUAUGGUAAUUACAUAAAGAGUUUGCCAUAAAAUUAUCCUGAACACUACAUGGAAUUCACUGGGUAAUUGUGGGUCAUUUAAUUUUUUCUUGAGUUUUUGUUUUCGUUCUGGGAAAUCCCUUAGCUGGUUGAAUGUUUUGCAAAAGGUGAGAAUUACAGUUGGCAGUGGUUUCUGUGGGAGGAAUCGCUACCGUGUGUACUCUAAAGAAAGUCAAGUGGCAAUAAAAUACAUCUCCCUAACCCUUCUUUGGUUUAGAAUGCAUGUCUGCCCGCACUCUCACGCUGGGACAAUGUGGAUUCUCACACAGUGGCUCGUCCUUGAUCUGGGAUGUGCAGGCUUCCCUGGAGACAGUUUGUAGUCAUGGGAGAUCAUCGCGGGUCUGCAUGUGACAGUACUUAGAGAUGAAAUCUGCACUCUUUUUUAACUACAAUGUUUUUGUUUUGUUUUAGUCAAGUAACACCUGUGAUGUGUUUUAUGCUGAGAUGACUUGGUUAUCCCAAAGUUGCAGUCUAGAGGUAUGUCAGCUGAAGGGGGAAGUUUUCUAAGUUUGUUGAAAUAAUAAGGAGCGAACCAGCUCAGCUGAAUGCUGCUGUUGUCAUCACAGGGGCGGGGCACUCAUUAUUGCAAUAUAUUGAUUUCUUCACCAAACGCUCCUUUUCUUUUUCUGAAUAAAUACUAUUUUAGAGAUUGCACUUAACACCUUUUUUUAACCUCCGUUUGCUCCUACUCACCAAAUAGUGUGAAUUGUUUACAUUGAUUUUUCUCAGCUCCUGUCACUUUGUUCUUGACUGUUAUAGCCAUAGACUUGAUGGGAUUCUUGUAGCAUGGCUGCUGCUUGAAAGAAAGAUCAGUGUUGUUGUGAAACAAACAUGCUCUCCAUGUUUACAUUCUUGUUUAUGAUGGGAGUGAAAUUGAAGUUGUAUGUUACAGAAUUAAUAACAUUGAGAUACUGCAAUAAAUACUUGGAUCAUUUUCAUUUGAGGAUAGUGAUCAUUGCUGUGGCAGCUCUUUUUUCUUGAAAUUUGAGAAAGGCAGAAUGCUCCCAUUCUCUGAUUUUCUCCCUAAAUGCCUGCCAUGCCCAGGGUCGGGCCUGGUUGACGCCAGGAACUAGGAACUCAAUCCAGGUCCCUCACAUGGGACCCAACCACAGGAGCCAUCACCUGCUGCCUCCCAGAGUCUUCACUGGAAGCUGGAGCCAGGAGUUGAACCCGGGCACUCCAGAGUGGGCUGCAGGCAUUGUAGCUGUGUCUUAACCGUGAGGUGGGGCCCACCCGGGGCAGCUUUGAUGGAAGAGUCCAUGUUGACUCCCUUUCCUGGCACUAGGAAGCACUGUCCUACAUCUGUCAGUACAGGAGCAGUUUUAUAGGAGAGCUUAUGGAAUUCAGCAUACCAACAGACGUUCCAGUUUGCCUAUAGUCUCUAUGGUAUUUUUUCUAGCCUAUUUUCUUCUGGUCCCACCUCCUAUGAACAGUAUUUAUAUGCUGUUGAAUCUGGAAUUUGUGUUAAGAAUUGACUUUCAGUUAUUGAUCUAGUCAUAUUAGGAAUAGUUUCAAUGAUCAUGAAAUUAUUGGUAUUCCUUUUUUUUUCUUGAACAAAAAUAGUGCGGCCUUAGAAAUGUCUCUUCCCCUGAAGAAUGUGAAUUUAAUCUCAAUUCCAAAUGACUAAAUUGACUUUCAGUUGUAACCAGUGUAAAAAUCAUCUGAGUCAUUAGAUGUUAAGGUGAAUCUGAUUUUCUGGUGGUACAUAAAUACCUCCAUGCAAAACCCAUCAUUGCCUGCCUUUCUCUGUCAGGUAGAGAGAUCUGGAACUGGAACUCAGCUCACAACUUUAAAACAAAAUUCAAAGGAUGGUUCUAGUUAAUCAUCUGCAUUAGAGUCAGUAUUUGGAAUGAGGUUUGCUCAUAGGCAACGGUGUCCUCAACAUUGUCAAGCUUGCCAGAAAACAGUUCUGUGUGGGUUUUCUCCCAGGGCUGUGGAGGCCGCAGUGACCACAGGAAAGGGUAGAGCUGGGGUGUUGGGUCGGGAGGUAGAUCAGUUCUAAGACAGCAGUGCAGGUGAUUGAAUCAUGUCUUCCUUUUUUUUAAAAUUUAUUUGAGAGAGAGAAGGAGAGACGGAAAGGUCUUCCUGCUAGUUCAUUCUCCAAAUGGCUACAGUGGCUAGAGCUGGGCUGAUCAGGAGCCAGGACUUUCCUCCAGGUCUCCCACGUGGGUACAGAGGUCCAAGGACUUAGGCCACCCUCCACUGCCUUCCCAGGACAUAGCAGAGAGCUGGAUCAGAAGUGGAGCAGCCAGGACUUGAACCGGAGCCCAUAUGGGAUGCCAGCACACAGGUGGCGGCUUGACCCGCUAUGCCACAGCGCCGGCCCCAGCUAAGCAGUUUCCUACAGAGAAGCCAGCAAUAAAGCAUUUUAAUGUGCUGUUUCCUGGCCUCCCACAGGGCUUGGUGUGAAGUCAGACACCAGCGGAGAUGGCUCUCCAGUUCCAUUCAGUACUUCAUGGGAAGCAGCCCUCUGUGUAGUGUGCUGAGCAGGCCGGCAGCUGCUCAGCUCGCCAGUUUUGAGCUUUAUUUCUCUCCUUGUUAGAAGAUCUCAAGAAAGCCUUCUUAGUGUUUAGCAGCAUCAUUACUUUUGUGUCAUUACUUGGUCAUCGUUUUCCAGCCCUCUGAGACGUGACACGUUUGGUACAGCACGUAAGCCUCCACUUGGGACGCCGGCAUCCCAUACAGGAGUGCCUGUGUGCCAGCCCUGCUGCUGAUUCCAACUUUUUCUGAGGCAAACCCUACGUGGGAGGCAGCUUCCUUCUAGGGAGACCAAGUGGAGUUCAGAGCUCCUGAUUUCAGCCUGGUUGAGCCCUGGCAGGUGGGAGAUUCAUUCUCUCUCAUUCUCUCUCUGCCUUUCAAAUAUAAAUUUAAAUAAUAAAUAGAAUAUUGUGACUUCAUGUAUGACUUUGAACCCACACAGAAGUGAACUGAUGUUAGCUUGCAAGCUUUAAAAUUAACUACAUGUAAUCCCAAGGUUUUUUGUUUAUUCUGCUUUGCAGAGAAAUGUAAUCAGGGCUUGGCAUUAGAAGUGUUUAAUGAUUUUGGUUUAUUCUUGCAGUGCCCUGCACAUCUGUACAAUGGUUGCAUUAGAGACAGUCUCUAGCUCGUGUUCUGGGUCCAUUGCAGCAGUAGCGUGGACCACUUAUGUGUGUGUUCCAAGGGCUGGCGGAGCCCAUCCACCCUGGCCUGGCCAUCAGAUGUUUGCACACUGCUUAUAGUCCCUGUAUUUACCUUUUGAGAUGCACAGGGGAACAGGACAGCAUCGCGUGGCUUUACAGGUUCAGAGUCCUAGGAUACGUCUAACUUUGAGGCUUAAUUUUACAUACACAAGUUACCUGUGCUCAUGGAAACACUGAAUACAUUAGAAGACAUGAAAGUGAUUGUCAGCCCGACCUGAAACUCAGUAGAAUAUGGAAGGCCGAAAAAUAUGAGGUUAAAUAUGAAUGGUCUCCUACAGGGGAAGAUACACUGUUUGAAAAGUCACAUACUUCAUCUCCUUGAAAUUCUUGUUUUUUCCUCUCUUAGACAAAAUGACUUUGGCGACUGAUGUUAUAAACAGUUUUCUCCCUUUAUUGUAAAGAAUCCGUCUGGGAAAAGAAGCGAUUUCCUUUCCUAAGCAGUACAGUUAUCCUGGGCAAGCGAUGUUGUGCUUGUGUCACCUUUAAGCCAGCCCGUUUUUUGACUUGUGUGUGUCUUUUGAAGUGAAUUAAAUUGGACUGUGGUGUUAUUUGUCUUUUAUGCACACUCUUCAGCUCAGUUUAGGAAUUGCGUAAUGACGUGAGCAGAUCUCUUCCUGGAAGCACAUACACUUUGUUCUUAAUGAAACUGCUUCCCGUGCCGCCAUGCCCAGAGUCUUCAGCCACAGAAGAUGAGCAUGGGAAAGCUAAGUCAACUGUGCCUUUGCCAGUCGCGGUUUUGGAAACAGCAUUUUUUUUUUUUUUUUUUUUUUUUUUGACAGAGUGGACAGUGAGAGAGACAGAGAGAAAGGUCUUCCUUUUCCGUUGGUUCACCCUCCAAUGGCCGCUGUGCACUGCGCCGAUCCAAAGCCAGGAGCCAGGUGCUUCUCCUGGUCUCCCAUGCGGGUGCAAGGCCCAAGGACUUGGGCCAUCCUCCACUGCCUUCCCCGGGCCACAGCAGAGAGCUAGACUGGAAGAGGAGCCAAAGGACGGAAUCUGGUGCCCCAACUGGGACUAGAACCCGGGGUGCCGGCGCCGCAGGCGGAGGAUUAGCCUAUCGAGCCACGGCGCCAGCCCAGGGAACAGCGUUCUUAUCUUUCCAAAAUGGCAUAUUUAUAAGCAGCCUGAGGAACAUGUUAGAAUUUUUUUUUUAUAAAUUAGAAGUCCUCAGUAGCCAGACAUUAAGAUCCCUUCUGAUAGCGAUAGACCUUCAAAACCAGAGUUGAUGGGGAAUUAGACUGAGAAGGAAGUUAGAGCUCUCCCAUAGUGGGCAGACCAGCUUCCCAGACCGUGCUCACACGGUGGAUGGCUCCUUUUGUGAGAACAUGUCCUGGACUGGAAGUGGGUAACGGACAGCACCCAGCUCACCUGGAGGCUGGAGAAUUUUAAUAUCUUUUAUGGGACUUGAUAACAUUGAUUCUUGUGAUUACAAAAGUGCAUUUUCAUAGAAAAUGACCAAGUGUGAAGAAGGGGAGCCACUGUUAGUUGACUGAUGAGACUCACUGUCUUUUCCCCGAUUUCCAUCAUUAUUAACGUGGUAAAGGCCAGAGAAGGUUUAAGGAAAACAGACAUUAACAAAAAACUUUUUCUCAAUCAUUUUCAUUGUCUUAUGCCGUGGGCAUGGAGAACCAGACCUCAAGCACAUUGCCCCUGUCCUCAUUACGUUAUUUUACUCAUGACCCUCUCCUAGAUAGUCUGAAAAAGUUCUCUGUAUAUGUAUCUUGAACCCUGACGUCUGGGUGUCAGCUACUACCCGGGAGCUGUGGGGAGCUGCCUCACUCAGGUCACUGGGAAUCUCAUCCUUCGACCCCUGAUGUUUCUAAUUGGGACGUUAGUGCACCGCUGGGGGAAGUGGAGCAUACCCACACCAUGCGGAGCCUUCCGUUUAGGAGUGACUCAAUGGAUGAGGUGCUGUCGAGAGGCCGGGGAGGCUGGGGGAAGCAAAAGAGACAAAAUACAAUUAUCAGUGAGGAGCCCACGGAACAGGAGUUCCUGUGCUUAAGCAGUGUCUAUCAGCAAUGUUCCUUUUUCUGCACACCAGCUCAGAAUCAGAAGCUUUGCACAGGGUCCAUGUUUUGGAUGAGACUCCUUAUUGUGUGGAGGGGGAAACUCUGGCUGGGUUUUGCUGUCAGUGGGGUUAGGUCCACAGCCUAAAGUACCCUAAGUCAGAAGUGGAAAGCAUGGCAUCAGCUGGUGGGAGCUUUACAACCAGUGCUUUCUGGGUAUCAGAUCUGUCCUGACAUUAAUUGUUCCAGGUCAUUGUUGGGCUGUGUUGUGUUCUAUGGUCUUCCUCAUUCCCUCUGAUCCUCUUUGCUUUAAAUUUAGUCCAUAUGGGCUUUUUAGGAUUUGGUUUUUUAGUACAUGUAAAUUUCUGAUCCCAGGUUUGGUACAUGUGUUAACACUACUAUGUGAAUAAGUAAAUUGAUCUCUGAACAAUUGCGAUUGUAGAAUUACGUUGUAUGUAAUGUACAUAUGGAGAAAGAAUGUAUUUUGUUCAUUUUCUUAAUUAAAAGUUAUAUAUGGACCUUACAAGGUGUCACC